AUGGAUUUUACAGAAAACCCAUCAAGUAAAAGAAUAAUGAUUCUUAGAGUACUCUCGUCCUCGUUUUGUCAAACCCUCGUUCUUCUCUUCUCUUCGUUAACCGAUCCAUCGUUCAAGCCAUCGGCGAUCUUCUCUGCCGGCGUCUCCUUUCUCCGUCUCCGAUCAGGUUUAGAAUUGUUUGCAUCUACCAUCAAAUUGGUGGAGUGUUGCAUAUUCUAUAUGGAAAAAGUUGAUGAAGAUGCUAACCUUGAGUUUAAGUGGCUUAUAAAGAAAGGCCGUGGUGGUAAAAAUAAAGAGGUUCAAUUUUAUGGAUCUUUCAUAUACGACGGAGUGGAGUAUGUGUUAUAUGAUUGUGUGUAUAUGUACAAGGAAGGUUUACGAGAACCUUAUAUUGGCAAGUUGACAAAAAUAUGGGAGAAUGCUGACAAGUCAAAGAAAGUUAAAGUCCAUUGGUUUUUUCGCCCAGAAGAGAUCUCCAAGUGGGUUGGAGAUACAAAGACUCUCGAGAAUGAAAUUCUUUUUGCCUCCGGUGAAGGUGUUGGUCUAACCAACAUUAGUCCUUUGGAAGCCAUUGCUGGCAAAUGCAAUGUUGUUUGUGUGUCAAAGGACCCGAGGAAUCCUCAACCUUCAGAUGAAGAACUUAAAGCAGCAGACUUCAUCUUUUAUCGUACUUUUGAUGUUGAAAGCUGUACAAUAUUGGAUAACAUGGAUGAAGAAAAAAUCGGUGGGAUUGAAAUUAAACACAUAUUUAACACAAGGGAGGAUGAAAGCAUCAGCACUCUCCCUGAAACUACUACUACUACCUCUACUGACAAAAAGGAGGAAAACCACAACACCAUUACCAUUACUACUAGUAGUGAACCAAAGCAGCAGCUGCUUUUAACAAAAACCCUGCCUAACACUAACAACCUUAAAGAUGAUGAUGCUCAAGACAAAAAUAUUCCAAUUUUGGCGGCUGAAACAACAUCUGUAGCUCUUUUAGAAAAAACAAAUCCCAAAAUAGAUGAAAAAGCUGAUAAGGAUGCGAUGGAAGCUAACAAGAGAAAGAAGAGUUCUACUACAGGAUCUGAUAAAUUACAUGAGCAGCCCUCGAAGAAAAUGAAACUUGCUGAUAAAAACCCUCCCAAGGAAAAACAGGUUGAAGUAGUAGAAGUUGAUCGGGAUUCUGUGGGAUUGAAGGAUGUGAUGCCCUCCAAGAAAUCCAAGGUUGACAAUAAUGUGAGGACAGGUAGCAAAAUUUCAGAAAUAGGUAAAACUGAUACUUCUGUUGUUAAAACUGACAAGGAUAAUUUGAAGUCAAGUAAAGAGAAAGAUGAGACAAAAGUGAGUAAAGUCUCUAAGGAGAGAAAAAAGACUCCAAUGGAAUCAGAUAAACUAGAUGAUCGACCCUUAAAGAAAAUGAAGUCUAAAGUUGCCAAUGAAAAACAAAAACAGGUUGCGGUUGAAGGCGAAAAGAUUGAGAAAUUGACGGAUUUGCCCUCCAAGAAAUCUAAAGUUGAAGAUAAGUCAGCAACCAAUGAAAAACAAAAACAGGUUGAGGUUGAAGGUGAAAAGAUUGAGAAAUUGAAAUCUAAAGCUGAAGAUAAGUCAGCACCCAAUGAAAAACAAAAACAGGUUGAGGUUUUAGGUGAAAAGAUUGAGAAAUCGAAAUCUAAAGCUGAAGAUAAGUCAGCACCCAAUGAAAAACAAAAACAGGUUGAGGUUGAAGGUGAAAAGAUUGAGAAAUCGACGGAUUUGCCCUCCAAGAAAUCAAAAGAUGAAGUUAAGUCAGCUCGCAAUGUGAAUAAUUUGGGAACAUCAGGCACACAAGAAGAAAAAGCAAACGGAAAGAAUAAUAAUAAUGAGGGAAAGAUUUCAGAUGAAUUGGAAGGCAGGAGAUUGAAGAAAACAAAGGCUGAAGCUUCUUUUAAGAUACCAGAUAAUAAGAAAAACAGCACCUCUACCAUUAAUUCCAAUGGAAGUAAUGGGAAGAAUUUGGAGAAGCAAUCUGAAUCCAAUGAGAGCAAAAAGAAGCUUUCCAUGAACCAAUCACCCAAGGACAUGUACAAGGAAUUUGUUGUUGGUCCAAAACCAAAUGCUGAUGAAAGCGGUUGGUUUGAGCGACUUCCUUGGGAGCAAAGUUUAAAGAGUGCAUAUGAUCAAGGAUCAGCCAUACUGCUUCAUAAUGUUGAUCCAGACUAUACUUCAGGAGAAGUUGAGGAUCUAGUUUGGCAUGCUUUUACGGAAAACUGUGAAGCCAAGAUUCUACCAUGCUCUGUAAUAUCUAGCCCACACUGUUAUCAAGCUCUUGUUCUACUCAAGACAAAGGAAGCAGCACAAAGGGUCCUUGCAAAACUGGAUGAAGACUGCUUGAUGUUAUCAAAUGGGAGGCCUCUUGUUGGUACCCCUUGUCCUCCAAUCAUACCAAGAAAAACUUGCAAGUUUUUUGGCCAUCUUUCUAUUGAUAGGAUUAAAAUCAAUCAACGUGAGAUGGAAGAAGCAGUAUCCACAUCACAUUUUUCACAACCAAAUACUAUUGAAUAUGACAUGGCCAUGGAGUGGUUUUUAAUGCAAUCAAAGUCCAAAAAAUGGUGGGAGAUGGUUCACGAGCUUCAAGGAAAUGAGUUUAGAAAUAGUUUUGAGGAAAAAAAUUAGGGUUUGUACAGCACCACCUUGAAGGAAGGAGCCAUGGACAAUGGAUGUCUGGUAGUUCCCAGAUGAUAGCUGGUGGUAACAUGUAUUUUGAUGGAUCCUUAUUGAAUCCACUUGGUUUUUGUGGGAUCCAAAAAUGGUAUCUACCAUUUUUUCUUUUUAUGUUGAAGCCUCUAUCUAUAUUUUACUUUUUAACUUUUUUGUUUUUACCUUUAUUUAACAUCCUUCACCAAAAUGGUCAUUCUUUCUUUACUUGGUAACGUGAUUGUAGAGGGUUCAAAGUCCUCCUUGGGAGAAAUGUGAAGAUUAGUUAAAAGAAA